AUGUCCACCACCGCCACAGAAGCUUGGGAAUACCCUGAACACAAACAAUUCGAACGUGUCCCUACAUUGGACCAAGUCGAUCCCUCUGACAGCAAAGCCAUCUAUGCUGCACGUAACCAAAAGAUUCGUGAUGACUGGGUCAAGGUUAUGGAAGCUCGUUUGAUCAAGGAAAAGUUGGACGAAUGUUACAGAACUGAAGGUGUCAACCAUUGUAAGUUUUGA